UGCCAUGGCACAGCGUCAAAGAGGCUUGCGCUGAAACUGAUAAAGGUUACGCUCUGGUAGCUUGUUGAUGCUAUUUUAGAGAGGGUGGUUGGCGGAAAACAUAUAGCAAAACCCGGUGCUUAAUAUUUGUUUUCAAUGAAAGCGGUGAGAACUUAGUAUAUCUUAUUUGUAACGACGGAUAAGUCAGCUAAAGCUCAAACUAGCUUGCUAGUACCCCAAGCUAACAUUAGCCGUCAGAAUUACGAAAAAUCUGGUCAGUUAUGAAGUUUCAUCGAAGCAGAACAGUAGAGAGGUGUUUGAUAUGAACACGCGAACACGCAGAGCUGGAGAUCCAGUUAGCUUGUUCUAGAUGGCAGAGAAGAGGUGAAAACAGCAGAGACCACUGGGAUAUGACUUAUGGGCUUUAACACACCUUAUCAAAUAGACAACAUGGAAGAAUCGGAAAAGGCUCCUGAAGUCACUGAGGACAACCGGAUUCUAAGUUGCCAGUCCCGUCGAAGCACAAAGAAAGAGUCUCGAGCAUCAUCGAUGCAGACGCACAGAAAAAACUGUCGGGAGAAAAAUUCCAGUAACAAAGAGAUGGAUGGCAGAGCUGAAACCAGAUCCGAUCCAGAUCGAGACCGGAUUUCAGAUGCAGAGGGAAGGAGAAGCGAAGGCUCAUUAUAUUCCGAGGACUACGAGAAUGCCACACAGUCGGAACGCUCACUUUCUCCUUUUUCCCGGUCUCUCACUCCAUCUCCAACACCACAGAGAGGCUUUCGGGCAAAGCAGAUUUCCAGAAGUCCCCUCCACAAAACACGUGGGGUUGGACGCUGGAGUGCAAAUCGGCUCCAGCGACCUGGGGGCCUUAAUGUCACACAGCAGCACCGAAAGGGAAAUCGGUCACUAAGCAAGGAGUCAACACCGCAUAAAGACUUGGAUCUGGUGACCAAGAGAAUGCUGUCAGCCCGUUUACUGAAGAUCAAUGAAUUGCGCAACUCCCUUGCUGAACUACAGCAGCAAAAUGAUGAACUGAAGAAGGAAAAUAGAGUUCUCAGACAGCUUCAGGUGCGUCAGGAGAAAGCCCUGCAACGCUACGACGACACAGAAAGUGAGAUUUCCCAGCUCCUGGCGCGCCACUCCAAUGAGAUGCAAGUGCUGCGUGAAAGACUGCGGCGCACACAAGAGCGGGAACGGAAAGCUGAGCGGAGGUUAAAGGAGACUGAGGAGCAGUUGCAAAGGAAUCAAGCUGCUAUGACUCGGCUGAAGAAGCUAGUAGAUCAGCAAGAAUUAGGGACCAGAGAUGAGCUAAGCCGUAGUCUUGAAGAAGAGAAAACUCGGGCUCAAGAGGCACAACGUAGGGUUAAGGACUUGGAGCGUAGCAUUGAGCUGAGCAACAACAGUUUUCAGAGACAGCUUGCUGCUGAGAAGAAGAAGACUAUCAGUUCUCAGGAGGAGGUUAAGAGUCUGUUGGAGGAGCUGGACCGACUGACCAAAAAACUCAAGGAAAAGGAAAGGGAGCUAGAUGCUAAGAAUAUUUACUCCAACCGUAUGGUAAAACCAACAUCUCAGAAAGACACUGACAUCAGUGCAAAGCGGAAACUCCUUAGCAGGAACAGCACCAAGGCCGUACAAACUGAGGACACGAUGUCAAGUCCAGAUUUCCCCUCACCUCCCCCCGCCAUUAAUGAGUGCAUCGGGCAGGCAGCUGACGAGUACCUGUCUCUUAAGGAGCUCGACAGAGCAGACGGAACAGCAGAGGCCGAUAAGGAGGCUCAUAAAAGGGAUCAACAGAAGAAGAGAGAAAGACAUAAAGAACAUUUGGUGAAUGAGACAGAGCAAGACACACAGCAGCGAGAAGGACUUGACUCUGGGCUGGGGGCGCUUGAAGAGAAGCCAAACACAUUAAAAAAUGAAAUAGAGAAAAGAAAGAAUGAGGAGAAGGGAGAAAUAAGGAAGUCAGAUUCCCUGUUCAGCCAGAACGAAGACGACAUUUACUGGAAGCAUGGCCGCGUUCAGGAGACGGUGGCCCGAUUGAACAAGGAAUCCACGCCCAGCCAGGAAGCGGCAGAAGAAGCCCGGCGAAAAAAAGAGCAGCUGCUAGCUAGGAUGCGAGAAAUAGAUCGUCAAAACCAGGGAGCCCAGGACUCCGUGUUUUUUGAGUCAUUUCUUUCCGAUUCAAAAAAGGUUGUAAAUAACCUCCCCACUCCACAUCCACCUGAGGAGAGAAACCAUAACUCUUCCGGGGUUCUGGGAAGGAGAGUGUUGCGGUCCCAAACCUCCAGUGAUGACUUGGCAUUCGGAAGAUACGCACCUUCCUUUGGACAUUCAACAUCCCGGAUUCCAUCUGGCUUCUCAACAGCACCACCUAAAGAAACCAAUAAACCUACACUAGAAGCCAUAGGGAUUUUUAAUCUUGGAGGGGUGGUAACAGAGAAGGAGACAGAAAAGAGAGAAGAGAAAGACAAAAAGGCAAGUCUUAUGCAGCAGCUGUUCGGUGCUCAGGCCUCGCCGGCUGGUAGCAGUUUAGGUUCUAAUAAAAUGGAGGUACUCAAUAGCCCUUCGGUAACAAACGGGGUUCGUUCAAGACGGGAAGGACUGCAUCGCCUCAGCUCGGGUUCUUCCACACCUACAGCAUCCUACAUGAUGGACAGCAACGCUCUACAUGUAACUGACAGCAAACCUGCUGUCCGUGCAAUCCCAUCAUAUGAUGAUGACAUAGAGGAACUGGCUUUAUAAAUAAAUGUUGUGAUAAUAGUCAGUGAAAGCAUUCUGUAACUGUCAGGCAGGAUAUAACUCUGUAAAUGAGUGGAAGAUUGUUAUGUUUUUUCUGUAAAUGGUGGACAAGGGAUUUUUCUGGUUGAACAAGGCCAGAAUCGAUCUGUCAGCUUGAACUGAGUUUAUUUUCUGACUUUGUGUCAGAGUAGGCAAUUAAUAGUGAAGUAUAAUAACAAAUUACUUAUUCAGUUCAUUCUAUUCUGCACAUUCUCUGACUUUAUUUUUCAAGACAUUUAUUUAUCUUGGCAACCAGAUAAAUCUGUUGUGUACCACUCCCACUGGUGGACCUGAUUGAAGAAUCAAAGGAAAACCUCAACUUGUGCUUUAACUUUUAUUAAUGGAUUUAUUAGACAAUCAGUUUGUUCAGAGUGCACAUUAUCUGUAAAUAUUUUGGUAUGGGUGUUAUAUACCCAUCUGUAGCAAAAAUAUGUUGAGAAAGUUGAUGGCUUAUGGCCUUUUCUCCUGCACUAAUUCUAAAGCCCAGCACUGACGGUGAGCAUUAAACUUCACAUGUUUUAGUUAUUCAUUUGAUUUCCUAUCAGCUUGUUAGUUCACCUACUAUUGUCUCAUGCACCCAAAGCAUGUCAGAUGUUAAUUAACCUGUUGGCUAAAUGUUACAUUUUCACCCUCUGCUCAUGUUAAAUGUGCAAUCCUUUCGGUUGACAUAUUUCAAAAUAAAAUUGAAAUGUAUACAUUUGCGCACAAAUUUAAACAUUUAAAACUGUUUUUGGAUUUUUAUUUAAUUUAUAUGCAUCUUCAAGUAUUUAUAUAUGGCAAUUGUUUUGUGAAAUUA